CCGACGAAAAAAUCUCUGCUUGAGUCACUCACACUGGGAGGGGCAGAGAAAUCGACUAUUUCAAGCGACAUCGGGAAGCUGCCCGCUUCUUUCCCAUUUCCUUGCAUCUUUAAACCUCCUCUUUCCCCAGAUUUGCGUUCGUCCCUGCAACCAGAUACCCAGACACAAGCCAGCAACCCGGCAGAAAAAGUAGCAGUCACAAUGUGCGGCACAGACACAACAAACGGCGCGAGCAGUGCCAAUGGCACAAAUGGGGGUGCCUCGUUCAAGCCGUCGAGCCCAUACCAGCCGGUUGGCGACUUCCUGUCGAAUGUCAACAAGUUCAAGAUCAUCGAGUCGACUCUGCGUGAGGGCGAGCAGUUCGCCAACGCCUACUUCGACACCGAGACCAAGAUCAAGAUUGCCAAGGCCCUCGAUGAAUUCGGCGUCGACUACAUCGAAUUGACCUCGCCGGCCGCGUCCGAGCAGUCGCGCAAGGACUGCGAAGCCAUCUGCAAGCUUGGCCUGAAGGCCAAGAUUCUGACACACGUCCGCUGCGACAUGCGCGAUGCGAAGCUCGCGGUCGAGACUGGUGUUGACGGCCUGGACGUCGUCAUUGGCACGUCUAGCUUCCUUCGGGAACACAGCCAUGGCAAGGAUAUGGCCUACAUUGAGAAGACAGCGAUCGAGGUGAUCGAGUACAUCAAGUCUAAGGGCCUUGAAGUGCGCUUCUCCAGCGAGGACUCCUUCCGGUCCGACCUGGUCGACCUCCUAUCUCUGUACAGGGCGGUCGACAAGGUCGGCGUGAACCGGGUUGGUAUCGCCGACACGGUUGGCUGUGCUACCCCCAGACAGGUCUACGACCUCGUCCGGACGCUCAGAGGCGUUGUUUCUUGUGAUAUUGAAACACACUUCCACGAUGAUACCGGCUGCAGUAUCGCCAACGCCUACUGCGCCCUCGAGGCUGGUGCUACCCACAUUGACACCAGUGUGCUCGGCAUCGGUGAGCGUAAUGGUAUCACGCCCCUCGGCGGUCUUCUUGCCCGCAUGGUCGUGAGCGCCCCUGACUACGUCAAGAGCAAGUACAAGCUCCCCUUGCUCAAGGAGAUUGAGGAUCUGGUUGCCGAGGCUGUCGAAAUCAACACUCCCUUCAACAACCCCAUCACCGGCUUCUGCGCCUUCACCCACAAGGCCGGCAUCCACGCCAAGGCCAUCCUCAACAACCCCAGCACAUAUGAGAUUCUCAACCCCGCCGACUUCGGCCUGACCCGCUACGUCCACUUUGCCUCGCGUCUGACUGGCUGGAACGCCGUCAAGACCAGAGUCGGACAGCUCGGCCUCGUUAUGACUGACGACCAAGUCAAGGAGGUGACUGCCAAGAUCAAGGCGAUGGCUGAUGUGCGGCCGAUUGCCAUCGACGACGCCGAUUCCAUUAUCCGCAGCUUCCACCUUACGCUACAUGAACGCCCCGCCGAGGCAACAUCCAGUGCUCCGCAAUAGGCCUCCAGCGGAGUGUUUUGGGUUGUAUGAAAGGUUUCCAUAUGUUUUACUUAGUCACAUCAUUCCGGAGUUGAUUGGGAAAAGGUGACGCUUGGGUUCCAUAUAUUUUCG